CUAUAUUUUAACCCAAUAUGAGCACUUUAGCAGAGACAGAAGACAUUCCCGAGAUUGAAAAUUCUGAGAAGCAAGGAUUCGCUAGUUUUUAUAAAAACUUGGAUAUUGCGGAAGCAGGUACAUUGCGCAUGUUUGAACGUGACGCCAACAACAGUACCUAUUUCACUUUUCACGAGGAUGAUGCAAGAUAUGUAGCCGAAGUAGUUUACCAAACACCUUCUGUCAUUAAAAACUGGGGCGGCCUCGCUACAACCAAAUUAACAGAGACAGCAGCAAAGGGUUUUUUGAGAGACUUGCUGAUCAACAAACAAAAAAGAAUUCAGAUCUGGACCGGAAGUCGAACCACUUGGCGCAUUAGUCGUGAGGCCUCGCCUGGUAAUUUGCAACAAGUGGAAGACUUUUUGUUCUCUAGCGUGGAAAUGACCAGUGCGCCUGUUGUUAUUGCUGUCAAAUAUAGUAACAAAUCUGGCACUAAUACUGUGGGUGUCUCUUUUGCAGAUACUACCAUCAACCAAUUAGGUCUCAGUGAGUUCACUGAUAACGAUUCCUAUUCCAACUUGGAGUCCUUGAUUGUUCAAUUAGGUGUCAGAGAGUGUAUUUUACUGGCAAAAGGAGCCGAAGAAAAGGAUUUUGAUCGACUCAAAAUCCAGAACAUCCUUGCCCGUUGUGAUGUAACUGUGACAGAAAGACCUAAUAGUCAUUUCAACGCCAAAAAUAUUGAACAGGAUUUAAAUAGACUUUUGGAAGGCGAUGUUAAUGUUCAAGCGUUACCCGAGUUUGAACUAGCCGAUGCAUUAUCAUCGUGCGCGUGUAUUAUCCACUAUUUACAAUUACUCAGCAACGAUAGUAAUUUUGGAAAGUUCACCUUAAAAAAUCACGACUUGUCACAAUACAUGCGAUUAGACGGAUCGGCUUUGACCGCCUUAAAUUUGUUACCUACGGCCGAAGAUGGCCCCAGAAAAUCCACCAGUGUAUAUGGAUUGUUAAACAAAUGUAAAACUGCGCAAGGCAGUCGAUUAUUCGCACAAUGGUUAAAACAACCUCUUUUAAGCUUACAUGAAAUCACACAGCGUCAGGAUCUUGUACAGGCCUUUGUCAACAAUACGAUGCUGAGACAAACAUUACAAGAAGUACAUUUAAACCGUUUACCGGAUUUACAUCGCAUGACGAAAAAGUUUUUAAAGGGAAAUGCCAAGCUGCAGGACGUGGUUAGAAUCUAUCAGGUUGUGAUUCGGUUACCUCAAUUGAUAGAUUGUUUAAUGAACGGUGUUGACUCUGAUGAAAAUCUGUACAACUUGGUCAAGGAUACUUUCACAACAAAGAUUGAAAAGACUUAUGGAAGUUUAGCGAAUUUGGAACAGUUGGUUGUUACCACAAUCGAUCUGGAGGCUGUGGACAGACAUGAAUAUAUUAUUAAGGCAGAAUACAAUGAGGAGUUGAAAGAUAUUCAUACGAACAUGAGUGUGGUCUUGAACCAAAUGGAAGAAGUGCAUGACCGCAUGUGUUCAACGCUUAGUCUGGAAAAGGAUAAGAAAGUGAAGCUUGAGAUACAUGCAACAUAUGGCUACUGUUUCCGUGUGCUUGGCCGUACUGAAGCCAGCAAGGUCCGUAACAAAUCCGAAUAUUUUGAAUUAGCUACACAAAAAUCAGGCACAUUUUUCACCUCCAGCGCACUUAAAGGUUUAAGUAAGACUUAUUCUCAAUUAUCUAGCAGUUACAACGAAAAGCAAAAGGGAUUAGAGAAGGAAGUACUCGAGAUUGUUGCUACCUACUGCCCAGAUUUGGAAUCGCUCGGUUCUGUACUGGCACAUAUGGAUGUAUUGGUUAGUUUUGCUCAUGUCUCGGCUAUGUCAUCUAUACCAUAUGUGCGUCCCACACUCACUCCAUGCGGCCAAGGCAAUGUUAUGCUUGAGAAUGCCAGACAUCCAUGUUUGGAGACCCAAGAUUACGUUACAUUUAUUCCAAACGAUGUUGAAAUGAUUAGGGGAUCGACAGAAUUUAAAAUUGUGACGGGUCCAAAUAUGGGAGGUAAAUCUACUUAUAUUCGACAGGUGGGUGUGAUUGCAUUGAUGGCCCAAAUCGGGUGCUUUGUACCUUGUUCCAGCGCGACUUUGUGUAUCUUUGACUCUAUCUUGGCUCGAGUAGGAGCGAGUGACAGUCAACUGAAGGGUGUGUCUACUUUUAUGGCAGAGAUGCUAGAAACAGCUACUAUCUUGAAAUCUGCCACCCAGAAUUCGUUGGUUAUAAUUGAUGAGUUGGGGAGAGGCACAAGUACAUCCGAUGGUAUCGGCUUAGCUUGGGCUAUUUCCGAAUACAUUGCAACCGAAAUUCGAUCCUUUUGCUUAUUCGCCACACAUUUCCACGAGUUAACAACGCUUGCGGAAAAGUUUACACACGUUGAUAAUUUGCAUGUAGCUGUACAUAUUGGUGAAGGCACGAAUGUAACGCUCUUAUACAAGGUCAAUCGAGGUGUGGGUGAUAAGAGUUUUGGUAUCCAUGUAGCAGGACUUGCCAAUUUUCCCGAGAUGGCCAUCAACCUAGCGAAACGUAAAGCAAUCGAAUUGGAUGAAGAGCUGGAUAUUGUUCGUGGAAUCGAAGCUCAUGAUUCUGAGGAAGUGAGACAGGGUAAAGCCAUCUGGGCACAUAUUAUGGAUGAGCUUGCGUUGAACGACAGCGAGCAACACUUUCGAGAGGUCAAGGAAAAGUACUGGGCACAAAUUAGGGGAAAUGCUUACUUGAACGAUCUGUUGGGCGAUGCCCAAUAAGAGUAUGGGAGCACAAAGAAUAAUAAUAAAAAGAUUUUUUUUGGCUUAU